AUGGCCAAGGGAAAGAAAACCAGACAGGCUCAAAGUAAGACAAUCACCUUGAAGGUGGCUCUGAACUGCGUGGAGCUGACACCGGACGGUAAACACCGUCUGAACCUCAGCUUCAAGGAGGUCACCACGGUGCCGAAGUGCAUCCAGAAGCUGUCCAACAUGGAUGAACUGGACCUGAGCAGGAACCUGAUCAGGAAGGUCCCGGACUUCGUUGACCAUUUUAUCAGCAUCCGUGUUCUGGAUCUGCACAGCAACUAUCUGGAGCAGCUCCCUGUGACCAUCGGUCGGCUCCAGAACCUGCUGAUUUUGAACCUGUGCAACAACCGCCUGACAAGCCUCCCCAGCGAGCUCGGCCUGCUGAAGAAGCUCCACACUCUCAACCUGGGUCUCAACCAGCUGGAGGCUCUUCCCGCCUCCAUCGGCGCAUUAAAGGAGCUCCGCCACCUCGGCCUCUCUGACAACCGGUUCACCCGCGUCCCGGGCUGCCUCUCCAGGCUGAACAAGCUGGAGAGGGUCAACCUGGACAGGAACCCCAUCCUCGCUGAGCAGGCGCCCAGCCACCAGGCGUUCAUGGUAACAGAGAGGCUCUACCUGGUAAAGGGGAGCUUCCUGUGCGAGGAAUGCCUGGAUAAGUGCCAAACCGAGAGGAGGAAGCUGGUGGACGCGGCAGCAAGGAUGGAGCCCAAAUGCGAACCCGACUUGGUGACCCAGAGAGGUAGAGAGAUGUAG